AUCGCAGAAGAUGCGGAACCGAGAGAAGGACGACAGCGGGCAUACAAGCAGGCGGUCGGUUAAAGGGGCAGGACCAGACAUUGUCGUAGCCCUGCAUUCUCUUCACAAUUCCAUCAAUCCCUGGUUCAACACUCAAUUCAUCACCUGGGCGAGAGCAAAGACAGUGAAAGGCUGUAAACAUGGCGCAGCCAGACAGCAAGAAGGUCUUCUUUGAGAACCUGACGGGCGCGGGGAAAGCCAUCGCGGUGCUGACGAGUGGCGGGGAUGCUCAAGGGAUGAAUGCUGCGGUGCGUGCAGUCGUCCGAAUGGGAAUAUACGUCGGGGCAAAGGUCUACUUCAUCCGUGAGGGCUAUCAGGGGAUGGUGGAUGGAGGAGAAGACAACAUUAAGGAGGCCACAUGGGAAAGCGUCUCCAGCAUGCUACAAGUGGGGGGCACCGUCAUCGGCAGCGCCCGCUGCAAGGAGUUCCGCUCGCACGAGGGCCGCCUGAGGGCCGCGCACCACCUGGUGGAGAAGGGCAUCACCAACCUGUGUGUGAUCGGGGGGGACGGCAGUCUCACGGGGGCCAACCUGUUCAGGGAGGAGUGGAGCGGGCUGCUGGCCGAGCUGGUGGAGCAAGGCCUGAUCAGCCAGGACUCGUCCCAGAAGCACUCGGCCCUUCACAUCGUGGGCAUGGUGGGCUCCAUCGACAACGACUUCUGCGGCACGGACAUGACCAUCGGCACAGACUCGGCCCUGCACCGCAUCAUCGAGGUGGUGGACGCCAUCAUGACCACUGCCCAGAGUCACCAGAGGACGUUUGUGUUGGAGGUCAUGGGACGGCACUGUGGGUACCUGGCCCUGGUGAGCGCGCUGGCCUGCGGAGCGGACUGGGUGCUGAUCCCUGAGAUGCCCCCUGAGGACGGCUGGGAGGACAAGAUGUGUCAGAAGCUGUCUGCGAAUCGAGCAGGCAUGAAAAGGCUGAAUAUCAUAAUUGUAGCCGAGGGAGCGAUCGGUCGAAACAACAAGCCCAUAACCACUGACUAUGUAAAGGAUCUUGUUGUCAAAUGCUUGGGCUUCGACACUCGCGUGACCAUCCUCGGUCAUGUCCAGAGGGGAGGCACGCCGUCCGCCUUCGACCGCAUCCUGGCCAGUCGUAUGGGUGUGGAGGCAGUGAUGGCGCUGCUGGAGACGACCGCCAACACCCCAGCCUGCGUGGUCUCCCUCUGUGGAAACCAGUCGGUGCGUCUGCCUCUGAUGGAGUGUGUGCAGAUGACUCAGGAAGUACAGAAGGCCAUGGACGAGAAGAAGUUUGAAGAGGCAGUGAAGCUUCGCGGCAGGAGUUUUGAAAACAACCUGCGGACCUACAAGCUACUGGCCCAUCGUAAACCAGAGUCUGAGCUGCCCGUUAGCAACUUCAACGUGGCCAUCCUGAACGUGGGGGCACCUGCGGCCGGCAUGAACGCGGCCGUGCGCUCCGCCGUCAGGGUGGGCAUCUCCGAGGGACACAAGAUGUUCGCCGUCAGCGACGGCUUCGAGGGGCUCUACAAGGGACAGAUCAAGGAGAUCAAGUGGGCCGACGUAGGUGGAUGGACCGGUCAAGGUGGAUCUUUGCUGGGUACCAAGCGCACGCUCCCAGCGAAACACGUUGACAAAAUUGCCGAGCAGAUGCGACUGCAUAACAUAAACGCACUGCUUGUUAUCGGGGGAUUUGAGGCCUACCUGUCGCUGCUGGAGUUGCAAGAGGCGCGCGGGACUCACGAGGAGUUCUGUGUGCCCAUGAUCAUGGUGCCGGCCACCGUCUCCAACAAUGUGCCGGGCUCUGACCUCAGUGUGGGCGCCGACACCGCCCUGAACGCCAUCACUUCAGCCUUUGAGUGUCUGCUGCAGCUGUACGACGCUCGGGCCACGCAUGAGGACUUUUGCAUCCCCAUGUGUAUGCUGCCCGCCACCAUUAGUAACAACGUGCCCGGCACUGAUCUGAGUAUCGGGGCCGACACGGCCCUCAAUGCCAUCGUGGAGACUUGUGACCGCAUCAAGCAGUCUGCCAGCGGAACCAAGAGGCGCGUGUUUAUCAUUGAGACCAUGGGGGGUUACUGCGGCUAUCUGGCCAGCGUGGGCGGGCUGGCCGCAGGCGCCGACGCCGCCUACAUCUACGAAGAACCCUUCGACAUCAGAGACCUGCAGUCCAACGUGGAACAUUUAACAGAGAAGAUGAAGACCAGUAUCCAGAGAGGCCUAGUCCUCAGAAACGAGAACAGUAAUGAAAACUACACAACAGACUUCAUCUACCAGCUGUACUCUGAAGAAGGCAGGGGGGUGUUUGACUGCAGGAAGAACGUACUGGGACACAUGCAGCAGGGAGGGGCACCGUCUCCGUUCGACCGCAACUUCGGGACCAAGAUCUCGGCAAAGGCCAUGCAGUGGAUCACCAAGAAGCUGACGGAGACGUUCAGACAAGGCCGGGUGUUUGCCAACACGGAGGACUCGUGCUGCCUGCUGGGGAUGCGCCGCAGGAACCUGGUCUUCCAGCCCGUGGUGCAGCUCAAAGACGACACAGACUUUGUCCACAGAAUCCCCAAGGAGCAGUGGUGGCUGAAGCUCCGCCCCCUCAUGAAGAUCCUGGCCAAGUACCGGACCAGCUACGACGUGUCCGACUCGGGCCAGCUGGAGCACGUGGUGCGCAACCGGCCCAAGGAGUCGGACGCCUCCGUGGCCAUGUGAACCCAGAACCAACCAGCACCACCACCCGGAACCCACCUCCACCCCCCCCCCCCCCCCUCCUCGCACCCCCCCCUCCCUCGAGAGUGAUCGAGGACCGGUCCAGUAUAAAAGAGAACCCGUAUCCGCUUGGUGGGGGAAGCCCCUCCCCCCAUCUGGUCUGUCUGUCUGUAUACCGUAGUGGCAGGAGAACGGCAGUCAUAAUCGGUCUCUGUUGCAUCGCCGAUGUACACACACACACACACACACACACACACAUCCACACACACAUCCACACAUACAGGCACACCACGCACAGACACAGACACACAAACCCAUGCACUCUAUAUUUACUGGAGACUGUAAUCUAGCCUCCGCUGUGUUCCUCCUUUGCAGAAAAACCAAGGCACGUACACACUCAAACAUAGUGUGACACACACACACACACACACACAUGAAAACACACACACACAAACACACACACACACUGAUGACAGGCCCUCAUCCGCGUCUCCAUUGCCCUUGAUGUUUGUUGUCAUCGUUGUUAAAUUUGCACUUUUCUCCGUCUGGAAGCCCGGAUGGUGGCUCUGUUCCAGGAACCACUUGAAGCCAGUGUAGACUCUGUAUCUGCUGUAAACCCAGAGAAGCGCAUCCGCCUAGUGAAACGGAGAAACCCAGGGAGUAAAGUAAGCCUAUUUAUGUGAGACUGAUGCAAUACAUUUCUACUCGCUGCAAGCGGCAUGGCAAUGUUUGCUCUACCCCAGCGUUUUAAACGAUUUCCCUUUCUGGUUAGCAGCAUUGCUAUUGUGUUUCGCCUGCAAAAAAAAAGAAACCUGGGAUGUGAGAUAAUAUGAUUUUAUGCACUGCCGUACCGAGAGUAGGUGUCUCCUGUAUUGCACCAUUCAUUUUAAAUGUGUGAGAAAACUAAUGUUUGCCACGAAAUAAAAACCCUACACUAGCAAAAUA